AAAGGAAAAGGAAAAGGUCUUCGGGCCUUGAGUGGGCCACCCCCAUUUUGUAUGGACUGGAUGCUUGAAACGUGGCGCGUCCAAGUAACGCUGCUCUGGUGGCCGCACUGCUGAUAGGGACCGUCGCGCGCGUCGGACUCUCGCGGUGCUUGGCAUGUUUCCUGUUCAUUCGCCGUGUAAAUUAACUUCAAGGGUUCAGAAGCGCCAUUUCAGCUUUGGUUUCCCGAACCCUAGCUUUGUUCUCUCUCUGUAGAAGCUGGGGUGGAGGUCGUUAUGUGUAACUAUUGAAUGGCAUUCAACUGAGGUGUUAUUAGAGACCACAUGAAAGAAUGGAGGAGGCAAAGGAAUCUGGCAAGCAUAUGGUGCUCGUUGUGUAAAUAAUGGGAAGAGUGAUAAAAGCAUUCAAGCAACCAAAUCUUGGAACUACCACAAUUAUACCCUACUCAUGGGUUCAUAUGUUAAGGAGAAGACCUCCAUAUUUGUGGCAGGUUCAGUUUCUCUCUAUCUCUAAGUGUCUUAAACUCUGUCUUUUCAUCUAGUAUGGGCUCUACACUCUCUGGUCAAGGAAGAACAGUUCUUGAUCACCACAGCGUGUGUGCUCUUCCACCCUUUGAUCCAGAAAUAAUGAAAGGGUAUCUAGAUCUCCCUGAGCCUUCAGGGGAACUGAGUGUUAGUUUUGGCUAUCAGUGCAGCACUAUUAAUCAGGACAACUCUUUCUUGGUAAAAAAUGAGAUUGAGUUCUCACCAGAGGUUCAGAUCCAAAGCUCCAAAAUGAGGAUGAGAAGCAGUUCUUUUUCUUGUUUGUCUGGUGCUGCUCUUAGUGCUAAUGCUACCUUGGCAAACACAAACAUAUGCAAUGGUAUAAUCGGAGAGGAAAUAUUGCCAGGUUUGGAUUCUCCAAAUUCAUUCAGAAGGUUAGAAUCCUCACCUUCUCUUGCACGAUUAGACCUUUUAUCACUGAGUUCUCAGGGUAGCAUGUCCACUUCAGGUGGAAGUGUAUCUAUAGAGAAUGAUCUCCUUGAAAGUGGAAGGAAUUUGGGGAAACCUAUGAGUGCUCCUACAAGGAUAGAGUCAUCCAGCUUUCUCAAUGCUAUGGAUGUGCAAAUGGCUGGAGGUGCUGCAGGGGAAGACAGAGUCCAAGCUGUAUGUUCUGAAGAAAAUGGAUGGCUGUUUUGUGGAGUAUAUGAUGGAUUCAAUGGAAGGGAUGCAGCUGAUUUUCUAGCUGGAACUCUUUAUGAAAAUAUAGGUUUUUAUUUGCAUUUACUGGAAUGGAGGACAAGGAAGAAAUAUGAUUCAUUGGAAAGUGGUUCAGCAGGAGUGGACCCUAUCAGGACUGGAUUUUCUCGGGCCAAAGAAGGUGACUCUUCUGAUUCUGAGAAGGAUGGAGCCAUCCUUCCACAUUCAUUUGAUAGGGAGUUCCCAUCGAAAUCCUUCCGUGUUGGUGUGCUGGAUUGCCUCAGUCGUGCUCUUGCUCAAGCUGAGAGUGAUUUUAUGUCCAUGAUUGAACAAGAAAUGGAAGAUCGACCUGAUUUGGUAUCUGUUGGAUCUUGUGUUCUGGUAGUGCUUCUUCAUGGGAAUGACUUGUAUAUUCUGAAUUUAGGGGAUAGUAGGGCUGUACUAGCUACGGGUGGUAUCCAGGAAGGUAGUUUAGUGAAGGCAGUCCAGCUGACAGAAACUCAUACAGUUGACAAUGAAAUAGAGUACGAGAAAGUUAUGGCUGAUCAUCCUGAUGAUCCCUCCCCUAUUUUUGGGGGAAGAGUGAAAGGGAAGCUGAAAUUAACCAGAGCAUUUGGAGUUGGUUACCUGAAAAGGAAAGAAAUGAAUGAUGCAUUGAUGGGGAUCCUUCGAGUUUGCAAUUUAUGUAGUCCUCCUUAUGUAUAUACUCAUCCAUUCACCAAGAGUCAUAGAGUGACAGAGAAUGAUCAGUUUGUUGUUUUAGGGAGUGAUGGUUUGUUUGACUUUUUCAGCAAUGAUGAAAUUGUGCAACUUGUUCAUCUGUUUAUCCAAGAUAGCCCUUUCGGUGAUCCUGCAAAGCAUCUGGUUGAGCAACUUGUUUUGAGGGCUGCUGAAAAUGCAGGUUUCAGUACCGAGGAGUUAAUGAGCAUUCCUGCUGGGAGAAGGAGAAAGUAUCAUGAUGAUGUGACAGUUAUUGUGAUCAUCCUCGGAAAUAAGCAGCGUACAUCUACUGCUUCAACAUCUUUGUAGGCAUGCAACAACCAUUAUGCUAUCCUUACAUCAUCUUUGUUCAAACCAUACUGCACCUUAGAUAAUCCAGGUUCAGACUGAAAUACCUGGUAUAAAUUGAUUGUAUAGGAUUCGUAUAUUAUGAUGGGUCUACAUAGUUUGGAAUAAGGAUCUGUUCCAGAAUGGUUGUAAUGUAGUGCAAAUCAAUGAUGAUUUGGUUUUUGCAGGAAACCAUACUCAUCACUCCACAGUUCUUUAA